AUGUACAUCUCCUCCUCACCCCCCUCCUCCGACCACGACCCCUUCAGUAACUCCCAAGCAGCGGAUGCGCGAUACUACGAUAACGAUUCAGACAACUAUGGUCGCAGGGAUACGUACAUGUCUGACGGCAGCAACACUGGCCUGAAUGACGAUGAUCGCUACUAUGAUCACCACGGCGCGUACGACCCAUACGGCCCACCGCCCGACACCGAUUCGGAGGCGGAGGUGUACGGCACGAAGUAUGCACCGUCCGCUGAGUCCUUGGGCCCUCCUCGUAUGGGAAUGUCAGAGGGAUCGACACCUACAUUUCUCGACGCGGGCGGAGCAACGGGCACACGGGAGCCUUAUCCGGCGUGGAGCCCAGAGCGCCAAAUACCGCUGUCCAAGGAAGAAAUCGAGGAUAUUUUCCUGGACUUAACGCAGAAAUUUGGCUUUCAGCGCGAUUCGAUGCGAAACAUGUUUGAUUUCACGAUGCAGCUACUGGAUAGUCGUGCGUCGCGGAUGUCGCCGAAUCAGGCGCUGUUGACGCUACACGCGGACUACAUUGGGGGCCAGCACGCGAACUAUCGGAAAUGGUACUUCGCGGCGCAGCUAGACCUCGACGAUGCUGUAGGCCAGACGCAGAAUCCAGGUUUGCAGCGGCUCAAAUCGGCGGCGGGGAAGAAGAGAGGAGUGCCGAAGAAUGCCUCUGAGAAGUCGCUGAAUAGUGCGAUGGACCGAUGGCGGCAGGCAAUGAACAACAUGAGCCAAUACGAUCGAAUGCGACAGAUCGCGCUUUGGCUACUGUGUUGGGGGGAGGCUGCGCAAGUGCGCUUCGUUCCAGAGUGCUUGUGCUUCAUCUUCAAAUGUGCGGACGACUACUACCGAUCCCCGGAGUGCCAAAAUCGAGUCGAUUCCGUUUCUGAAGGACUUUACCUGCGCACAGUUGUCAAACCGCUCUACAGAUUCAUUCGCGACCAAGGUUACGAGGUCGUGGAUGGCAAGUUCGUCCGGCGGGAGCGGGAUCACGAAAGUAUCAUCGGGUACGAUGAUGUGAAUCAGCUAUUUUGGUACCCGGAGGGAAUUGCCCGUAUUGUGUUGAACGACAAGACCCGCUUAGUCGAUCUGCCUCCGGCACAGCGUUUCAUGCAGUUCGAGAGGAUCGACUGGAACCGCGCAUUCUUCAAGACGUACUACGAGAAGCGCUCGUUUGGGCAUCUACUAGUGAACUUCAACCGUAUCUGGGUCAUACAUAUCGCGAUGUACUUCUUCUACACAUCGUUCAACUCGCCAACAAUCUACAACGGCCUGAAUUCUCCUGCAAUGAGGUGGUCGGCGACGGCGCUGGGCGGAGCAGUUGCCUCUGCUAUCAUGAUCGCCGCUACCUUGGCAGAAUUCUCGUACAUCCCGACAACCUGGAACAAUACUUCGCAUCUGACACGACGGCUCCUCUUCCUCUUGAUCACGCUCGCAUUGACCGGGGGACCAACCAUCUACAUCGCUAUUGCCGAGUCGACGUCGCCAGGUGGCUCAUUGGCGCUGAUCCUCGGUAUCGUCCAAUUCUUUAUCUCGGUCGUCGCAACGUUGCUUUUUGCCAUCCUCCCAUCCGGGCGAAUGUUCGGCGAUCGAGUCGCAGGCAAAUCGCGGAAGUAUCUCGCUAGCCAGACCUUCACGGCAAGCUACCCAUCCCUCAGAUACUCUGCUCGGCUGUCGUCUCUUCUGCUCUGGAUCCUCAUCUUCGGGUGCAAGUUGACGGAGUCGUACUUUUUCUUGACACUCUCGUUCAAAAACUCCAUCCUCGUUAUGGUGGGAAUGAAGAUCCAGAAUUGUAACGACAAGUACUUCGGCGAAGCUCUCUGCAGGAACCAGGCCGCGUUCACACUCACGAUCAUGUACCUCAUGGAUCUCGUCCUAUUCUUCCUCGACACGUUCUUGUGGUGGAUCGUUUGGAAUACUGUGCUCAGCAUCGCUCGGUCGUUCGCACUCGGCUUGUCGAUCUGGACGCCGUGGAAGGAUAUCUAUACUCGUCUGCCGAAACGGAUCUACGCCAAACUGCUCGCAACUGCGGACAUGGAGACAAAAUAUAAGCCCAAGGUCCUGGUGUCGCAGAUCUGGAACGCGAUCAUUAUUUCGAUGUAUCGCGAGCACUUAUUGUCCAUUGAUCACGUCCAGAAACUGCUCUAUCACCAGGUUGAUGUUGGCCAGGAUGGCCGCCGCAGUCUCCGUGCGCCGCCGUUCUUCAUUUCGCAGAGCGACAAGGGCUUCAAGGGCGAAUUCUUCACUCCGGGUAGUGAAGCCGAGCGUCGUAUCUCGUUCUUUGCACAGUCACUCACCACUGCCGUACCCGAGCCGUUGCCGGUUGAUGCCAUGCCGACAUUCACCGUCCUGACGCCGCAUUACAGCGAGAAGAUUCUGCUCUCGCUCAGGGAGAUCAUCAGAGAGGAAGACCAGAACACUCGCGUUACGCUUUUGGAGUACCUCAAGCAGCUUCACCCCGUCGAGUGGGAUAACUUUGUCAAGGACACGAAGAUUCUUGCGGAGGAGUCAGCCAUGUACAGUGGGCCGACGCCGUUCGGUUCGGAAGAGAAGGGUCAGUCUAAGACCGACGAUUUGCCCUUCUACUGCAUCGGAUUCAAGAGCGCCGCUCCCGAGUUCACUCUUCGUACACGUAUCUGGGCAUCCCUCCGUGCACAGACGCUCUACCGGACGGUGUCUGGAAUGAUGAACUAUGCCAAGGCGAUCAAGCUCCUGUACCGUGUGGAGAAUCCUGAGGUCGUUCAGCUCUUCGGUGGCAAUACCGAUAAGUUGGAACGCGAGUUGGAGCGCAUGUCCCGCCGCAAGUUUAAAUUCGUCGUAUCGAUGCAGCGCUACUCGAAGUUCAAUCGAGAGGAACAGGAGAAUGCCGAAUUUUUGCUGCGCGCAUACCCUGACCUCCAGAUCGCUUACCUCGAGGAAGAACCCGGGCGCAAGGAGGGCGGGGAAGUCCGCCUGUUCUCUGCCCUCAUCGACGGUCACUCCGAGUUCAUCCCUGAGACCGGCCGUCGUCGCCCCAAGUUCCGUAUCGAGCUUCCAGGUAAUCCCAUUCUCGGCGAUGGCAAGUCGGACAACCAGAACCACGCCAUUAUCUUCUACCGUGGCGAGUAUCUGCAGCUCAUCGAUGCUAAUCAGGACAACUACCUAGAGGAGUGUCUCAAGAUCCGUAACGUCCUGGGUGAGUUCGAGGAGUACGCUGUGUCCAGCCAGAGUCCGUAUGCGCAAUGGGGACACAAGGAGUUCCAGAGAAACCCGGUCGCUAUUGUUGGUGCUCGCGAGUACAUCUUCUCGGAGAACAUUGGUAUCCUAGGUGACCUCGCGGCUGGCAAGGAGCAGACAUUCGGUACGCUUACUGCCCGCUCGCUGGCCUGGAUUGGCGGCAAGCUUCACUAUGGCCAUCCCGACUUCUUGAACGCUAUCUACAUGACAACGCGUGGCGGCGUGUCGAAAGCUCAGAAAGGUCUGCACUUGAACGAGGAUAUCUACGCGGGAAUGAAUGCCUUCGGGCGUGGCGGUCGCAUCAAACACACGGAGUACUAUCAAUGUGGUAAAGGUCGUGACCUAGGUUUCGGGACGAUCCUCAACUUCCAGACGAAGAUCGGUACUGGUAUGGGCGAGCAAAUGCUCAGUCGGGAGUACUACUACUUAGGAACCCAACUUCCCAUUGAUCGCUUCCUGACUUUCUACUACGGUCAUCCUGGUUUCCACAUCCACAACAUGCUCGUCAUCUUGUCCGUCCAGGUGUUCAUCACGACCAUGGUCUACUUGGGUACCCUGAGGAGCCAAUUACUCCUUUGUCAAUACACCUCUUCUGGCCAGCUCAUCGGCGCAACGGGAUGUUAUAACCUCUCGCCUGUCUUUGAAUGGAUCAACCACUGUAUCAUUAGUAUCUUCUUGGUGUUCCUAAUCGCCUAUCUACCGCUCUUCUUGCAAGAGCUCGUUGAACGUGGUGCAGUGAAGGCUGUGUUCCGUUUGACGAAACAUUUCAUGUCCUUGUCGCCCGCGUUCGAGGUUUUCGGCACGCGCAUCUCCUCCCAUUCCAUCGCAAGCAAUCUGACAUUCGGUGGGGCCCGGUAUAUUGCAACCGGACGUGGUUUCGCGACAACACGGAUCUCGUUCAGCAUUUUGUACUCCCGAUUUGCAGGGCCGAGUAUCUACUUAGGCAUGCGGCAACUCGUCAUGUUGCUAUAUGUGACGAUCACUCUGUAUACUGGCUGGGUCGUAUACUUCUGGGUAACUGUACUGUCGCUCUGCAUCGCACCCUUCCUCUUCAACCCACAUCAGUUUUCUGCGGCUGACUUCAUCGUCGACUAUCGAGAGUUCCUACGCUGGAUGAACCGUGGCAAUUCGCGUGUCCACCAAAACUCAUGGAUCGGUUACUGUCGUCUGUCGCGCACUAUGAUAACUGGUUACAAGAAGAAGAAGCUCGGGCUUCCGUCAGAGAAACUAUCAGGCGAUGUUCCUCGUGCUGGAUGGCGUGCGGUCAUAUUCUCUGAAGUUCUCUUCCCCGUCGUCAUGGCCAUCCUGAUGGUUGUUGCCUAUUUGUUCGUCAAAUCCUUCCCCGUCGACGGCGUCCAGCCGCCUAGCCCUCUCAUUCGUAUCGCGAUCAUUUCGCUUGGCCCGAUUGUGUGGAACGCAGCAGUCUUGCUGCUCCUCUUCAUGAUCUCCCUGUUCCUCGGCCCCCUGCUCGAUACGCCGUACCCGAAGUUCGGCUCCGUGAUGGCGUUCCUCGCGCACUCUCUGGGUGUUGUUGGUAUGAUUGGUUUCUUCGAGUUCCUCUGGUUCCUCGAGUCCUGGAAUGUCGCACAUGCCGUCCUCGGACUCAUCGCGGUCAUCUAUAUCCAGCGCGCCAUCCACAAGGUGCUUAUUUCCGUGUUCUUGUCGCGUGAGUUCAAGCACGACGAGACCAACCGAGCUUGGUGGACGGGCAAAUGGUACGGCCGUGGCCUCGGAUCCCAUGCCAUCUCGCAACCAGCACGAGAAUAUGUCGUCAAGAUCAUCGAAUUGUCGCUCUGGAGCUCUGACUUCCUCACUGGACACUUCCUGCUCCUACUCUUGACACCACCUAUCCUAGUGCCCUAUAUCGACUGCGUCCACUCAACGAUGCUCUUCUGGCUGCGUCCAUCAAAACAGAUUCGCGCACCCCUGUACUCCAUCAAGCAGAAGCGCCAGCGUCGGUGGAUCAUCAUCAAGUACGGCACACUUUAUGUGCUUGCCAUUGCCAGCAUCGCGGCGUUGAUUGCUAUUCCCCUCAUUCUUCGUCAGGAGCUGCAUUACAAUUGCAGUGUAUGCCAGCGGGUCUGAACGGACGAUCGAUUGAUUGCUUACCUAUAAUCCACCAUACCAUAUAGAUUACUUGCACCUGUACGCUUUUGCCUUCGUCUGUAUGAUGGACUAGUCCUCGUUCUUACAAGGAAACGGACAUUUACGCCUUACGGAAAGUGUCUUCAGUAGCCACGCCGAUGACCUACUUGCAUACUGAGAAACUGAACAAUUACCUAUGAAUCGCAUUUUCUCUUGG